CUGUUCGUUUGUAUUCGUCACUCUUCGUGACUAGUAUGAAUGCUCAUCAACAAUCAACAAACCAAACAGCUGUUAUAACCUAAAAUGUACUAAUGAAAGUGAUUUUUAAAUUAAGUUUGAGUUGAACGUGUGACGAAUAAUGCCUAAUGAAGCUCGGUAUGCGUUGUUAUACAGUGAUUAUGAGACCUCCACGGUCUUACGUUUACCUUUUGAAAAAUUCUCAAUAAUUACUGUUGGUUUACCUUUGUUCGCGUUUUUAUUCUGUAUCGUCUAUUCCGUGGUGUUUCAUUUUGAAAAUGCAACAUACACCCAUUGUCAAGUAUUUAAUAUUUUACCGUCCAUCUCCGCCGCUAUUGGAAAUUUUUCACCGCAACGACAAGUCUGGCAAGUGGCCAUUGUUUUACAUGCAGUGCCAAGAUUCUCCAUUGCCUUUGUUUACUUACAACACCACCAAAGUGUUUUGUACCAACAUGACCAAUGGAUGGGAACUGUAGCAUGUGUUCUUAAUGUUAUUGAAAACAUUGCUCUGAUUAUAUUAUCCUUUUGGACAUCAUCACAACAUUAUCCUGUUCAUGAAAAAGCCUUUAUUACCUUCAUAUUGAUGUCAGAAUUUUACAUGAUCUUAAUUUAUAUUCUACAAAGACGAUGCAAAAAACGUCAUAAAGAAAGUUUGAAAUGGAAAAAAAGACUUCUCAUCACGAACAUAUCAUCAAUUUUAAUAGCAACUUACUGCUUUUUACGACACAAUUCGUAUUGUGAGCCUUAUGUAUAUUCGGGUUUUGCCUUGGCAGAAUAUACAGUCGUACUAACAAAUAUGGCAUUUCAUAUGACAGCUUAUCUAGAUUUCAAAAAUAAAGAUCUGGUGGUUUACAGGUAUGGCGUUGCUUUAACAGAAAGAUAAUAUUUAGUUGUAUAGCUAGUCAUAUAAUAUUUUUUAUCGGUCAUGUGAAUCUUUGAAAAAAAAAGUUGUUAUGGCUCAUAUUGCUAAUGACACCGCACCAAAGAAGAAUCUUGUAAUAAAAUUAGAAAAUAUUAGAUUUACUAAUUUAUUAUCUGCGACAAGUGCUUUAUGCCAAACGUAUAUUUAAAAUUAUGAUUGUUCCCAUAUUAAAAGUUGGUCACCACAAGUUAAAAAUUCACAUUUCAAUGGGGUAGAAAUUUCCCUUGAAAUUUCUGUGCCAUAAAAUGUAACAUAUUUUAUUUACUUAUUUAUCUUUUUUUGUACGUGUUUACCUUUUUUUACUUUGUAAAAAACACUUGUUUGUGUAUUUAUUAUAUUAAUCCAUCCAGUGCUAAAUUACAAAAAUAUGUAGCAAAACUGCUGUAUACAGUCUAUUCAUAACAAUAUAUUAAAUAGAUUGGAAGAGGCCGAAAAGUACAUAUUUUAAAAAGUUACAGAGAAUUGAGUAGUAUUAAGAAUUCUUGAUGGAUAAACAUAUAGUUCUUUGAGCAAAUUUGUAUCGUUUUACAAGAUCACUUAUAUGAAUAAAUAACAUAAGUGUCAGUUUUUCAAGCUACCAGAUUGUCAUCAAUAACUAUGCAUUUUUCGUCUAUUUUAUUGAAUAACUUUUUAAGUAUUGAUUUUAAAAUAUUGGUUGCUUUUGAUUUUUAGAUCACAUAGAUCUCUUAAAAUGGUUUUAUCAAAUAAAAGAAAACCCCUGUAUAUGCAGGAAAAAUGUAAACAUUUCGAAAUCAUUUUAUGAAAAAAAUCGAACGUUAAUUGAAUUUUAUAAAACUACUCCCACAACCUAAAUUAUUUUCUCAAGGAGUACAUGUCAGCAACAUAUUUGAAAUUUUGAAAAAAAUUCUUUGUGUUUAUUUCCUCCUCUUCUUGUUUUACUUAUUUUUAAUAACAUUUACUUUAUAUUUAACAUUUAAAACUUUAUAAAACUGACAGUCUCAGAAUCAAAUGCAGUUGUCUUUAGAAAACGUAAUACUUACCUCAUUCAAACCUUUCAUAACAUCAUUAAAAAAAUCAGCUUUAUUCUUAAAUGUACAUUCCAUAAAAAAUAAAUUGACCUGUUUGAGCAAUUUUGUCAAAUUCUAUGGGCAUACUGUACAUUGAUUAAAACCAAAUGUGUUUGGUGAUAAUUUCUAUUUUCGUAAUUUGGUAAUGUCCAUGAUCCAUAUUUUUGGAAUAGUUGAUGUUAUGGAUUUAUACAUUUUCUUCGAAUCUGGUCGAUGUGCCUUUUGCUUGUUUUUUUGGAGAGUGUUGGCCUGAAUAACAAUUUCUAACAUAAAAGUAGGAGUUAUAUUGUACCUAGUACUGCUUACAGUAUUGUUUAUUCCAUUGAAUUAAUUACUUUGUGAUGGUGACCAUCUUUAUUAUUACUUGUUUUUAAAUUUAGUUUUAUUUUAGACAAUAUUUUGUAUAGGUAUUAAUUUUUUUUUCAUUUCAUAAUUCUGACUAAUUUAUAUUGGUAUUUGAGAAUUUUAUUCGAAAUAUCAUUGUAUGUGUCAUCAUCUAGUGUGUUUAAGCAUAGUGAGAAAGAGAUGAAGAAGUAUGUAUGUGUAUAUAAAAUAUUGCCUAACAUCUAUAUACCGCAUGCACACUGCCCAACACAUCAAGUGCGUAACUACCUUCGUUAAUUGUGAAUUAAUAUCUAAAUAUUUUAAUUGACAACAGUUUAUCUAAAUCUUGACUCUAAUACGCCUUUAAAAUGAUCAUGCAAGUUGUAGAUACUCAGUCAUUUACGUUUUUUCUUUAUUGUAGUUAACCGUGCACUUGAAUCAACUGUUGUACCAUAAAUGGAAGUACCAUUAGGUAUUAAAGUUACGAUAAAAAUCGGUCACUUCUUAUACGAACUGCUACUAUCUAACAUGUUUCAGAAAUGUAGUUAAUCCUUGUUUGACUAAUAUAAAUGUUAUUUAAAUGUCGAUCACCUUCUUCACACAAUUCACAUUUUAAUGUUACAAGUAACAAGCACAAAGUUGUAUUUCAAGCACUGUAGCUUUUUAAAAUGGUUUAAAUAACUAGAUGUUUCAUUAUUUAUGAUUGAAUUAAAUGAUGUAUACUAUAGCAUCUUUGAACAAAAAAAACAACAUUUAUCUUAUGUCCGUUUCCACCUUAUUUUUAAUCACCGGAUUAACGUUAUGUUUUACUUAAUUUAAUAGAUUUGCAAACAAAUUGAGUAAAAUAUGUAUAACGUUGAUCCACAGUGUAGAGAUCAUUCAGUAGGGACACCUCGUCUCGGCGCCUUUGAUCUUUCUGACCCGAAUUUUAAGCCGUCAUCGCUGGUCGCUGCCUAAACUCCUUAUUUCUAGAUGUUGCCACCCAAUUUAAAAAGUAUCACAAUCGCUUCAUUUGAAAAUUUAAAAAUUGAUUCGUGUAUGCAAUUUACUACACACUACUUUGCUCAGAUCGUAAUAUCGUGAUCGCAAAAAGACAAGAAAGAAAUCUAUCUUUUAUCUAUAAACGUGAUGAUUUGUUGCAGAUUUACAUUUAUUACUCCCACAAUUCACACAUGUUUUCUUAGGAUACUUGUAGUUUUGUAAUGAAUAUCAAAAUAAUGUAAAAAAUACGUAUAAAAAAACAAAAACGUUAUUAGGAAACGCUAAUAUACAUUUUAUUUUUUUAAACAAUUAGUAAACCAUGGUCCCAACAAAACAUGAACAAUGUCUUUUUAGAAUUCCUUUGUGAAAAUUAUAUUUAACCGAAAUAAUUCCACCGGAAGAUCAGCCAAUGCAACUAAACUACCAAAUUUCAAAUAUUUCAGACUGAAGUCACUAGAUAACGAAAGUACCCCAAUUCAAGGUUCCAAUGUGUAAGAAAGACAAGUACCUUGUAAUGCGCGUCCUCAUACAGUCACAAUACAAACGACCACCCAUGAAAACGGGUCACUAAAAAUACUGAGUUAUCCCUACUGAAUGAUCUCUAUAGUGUGGUUAAUCAGGUGAUUAAAAUUGCGAUGCAAACGGUAGUUAAUAAUUUAAAUUUGGUAAUUAAAAAUUAAAUGAUUUAUGAUUCUGGACGUACGAAAUUCGAUUUAUUUAACCUAUGUAUAAGGUUAUUGUACUUGUUUAUUUUAGUAUUAUUAAACAUAUUAUAAUAAAUUCAAAUUUGUAAUGUUGUCAGGUAUUAAUGCAAGAAAGCAUAUUUUAAUAUCGAAUAAAGAGUUGUGACGAUAAGUUUAUUUUAUAGUGAUUGUUUUCGAAUUUUAAGAAUUCUGGAUAUAUUUGCAUGAAAUGCUUAAUAAUUGUCCUUAGACCGUAUUGUAUUUUCUGAAUUUAUGUUUUAUGGUGCAUAUGGUUAAGCUUCGAUGGUAUUGUUACUUUUAGGUUAUUGGAAGAAUGAUGAAAUUGAUAAAAUUGGAAAAGUUGUAUUAAUUUUAUUGAUUGUUUUUUUUUUUUUAUUCAAUCAGUUGAGAUUUUAGGUUCAAUAUUUUAGGCUUCCACGUAUUUAAAAAUUAGUAUUUACUAUUUUAGUACAACAACAAAAAAUGUGAUAUUUAUAAUUAGUUUACUUUAGUCAUAAACUAUUUAUAAGUAAAUAUAAUUAUUUGGUUGUUUAAAGUUUUCUGUGGUUUAAAUUCUCUACUUUAAUGGAGUUUACCAGGCCAUAUUUUAUUGUACGAACAACUAAUUGUUUGUAGAAAGGUACGAUUUUUGUACUUCGUAUACCAUUUCCAUGAAUGUAAUUUUAUUUUUGUGUAAUAACCAGUGCGCGGAAUUAUAUUUCAGUGCUGCAAUCCCCCAGUUGAAGUAAGGUAUGUUUUACGGCGAGUAGCGGGGACGCUUUGAUCUGGUCCACAACGUCGUAGCCAGUGCGUCUCUAGGAGUGUUUACAGCUAGUAAAAAAACUACUUCUAUAUUACUAUAUUACUUCAAAUAAUAAUACUCGGUGCUCUUUUUAAUUUUUCAACCACAGGACCACAGAUUUGUGAUCUUGAAAUGUUAUAUUAUGUUGAUAUAGUUCAAAAGAAAAAUAUAUUUGUAAUCAAACUAUCGACGCGGCAACACUGGAUCGAGCGAGUGAGAUAUUAUUCCGCGCCUUGGUAAUAACCAGUACCGACAAUACAGAGUGAUUUGCAAAAAUCACGUGAACGAAUAGAAUAUUUCAGUGCUUCUGGAUUGCCACUAUUUAGAUUUUUUAAAACCAGCGCUUAAACGUACAGGUAACAGUGUUUGCAUGAAGUGUUAUUUUACGUCGGAUAAUAAUCAAAAGCUAUCACCAUUUUUUGUUAUUACAACGCAACCAAGAAUUGUAUUUCGCAGUUUGCACAAAACAUGAAAUUAAACUGCAGUAAUUAUAAAUUUGUAACUCAGACUAAGAUCCUUUAUUUUAAUAUUAUGUUUUAUUAUAAUUAACUUUCUUAAAUAUUAUUCUUAACAUGCAGUUUUUCUGUAUAAAAAAAAAAGGACAGAAGGAAAUUAGAAAUAUGCUGUGCCGAAUCCAAAUGAUUUAAAGCAAAUGAAUAACUUGUCAUUCACUUUACAAGCUAAGGCUGUUGGCCGGGAGCACUGCGAUAUAAGGUACCUGGAUUUAAAGAGAUGUUUAUAUUUUUUAAGUUGAUAUAAGCGUAUAUUUGUCACCUAUAUUUUUAUGUAAAAUACUAACAUGGAAUAUUUAUGCACUUAAAACGAAAACCAUUUUUCAUUUUGUAAAUUCGAUAGUAAACUAAAAGCAAUUUUUUUAUGUGUAGAUGUAUAGUGGUAAACUCCAUGACAAAUUUUAAUCCAAAAUUGAUAGGUUCCUACUUGUCCGCAAAUUGUUACGAUGCCGCAAAUCGAAAAUAUAUUUUGAAUGUAUUUUUCCUCCAUGUAGCUUCCUUUUAUUAAAAAAAUGUAACGUUAAAUUUA